UCUUUGGUUACUCUAAAGCACACACGUUCCAUUUGAAGAGUUUCAUUUCUGAGUGUUAAUUUGAUAUAUAUUCAAGUCCUGAUUGUGAACCUCCCUCUCGAGACAAUGCAUGUCUCCUAUUGGACAGUGUUGAAAUGGCCCUAUAAGUCUCCACCGCGCCAAAGAAUCCACCACCACUAGUCUCUCGUGCGCCUUUGCGCAAAGGAUAUGGACUUGAUCGCAUCUCUCUCUCUCCAUUCCCAUACGCAUCUGCUGCACCCGGCAGCUCACAUGGUGUCCCAAUGAACCAUCGUCCUCACGGAUCGUCCAACAUACAAUGGAUUAACAGGAAAGACAUGAAUGCCCGCACAGAGGACGGCAUCAGCCUGUGCCAAAGGGCUCUCCAAAUAGUGACCGAGCUGUGCCUCUCGGGGCACGUCGACCGGGAGAAAUGCGCGGGGAUAUUUCCGCUGGAGAGCAACAUACCAGGUAAAGGAAGUUCAGACAUCUCUGUAAGUCUCCUAGCUGUGGUCGUAGGUUUCUGUGGCCUCGCCCUUUUGGUAGUCUCUCUCUUUGUCUUUUGGAAGCUGUGCUGGCCCAUUUGGAGAAGCAAGGCGUUCUCAUCCAAUGCUGACGGCUGCCCUCGUGGGGUGCUACCUGAAGCCCCCCCGGCCCCACCUCCGGUGUCAUGUUCCGUUUCUCCCAUUCCUGACACCAAGGCGUCCGCAUAUGCCAAACCAGCGAGACAGCAUUCGCAAAUCCAGCAAGAGGAUGAAGAGAAAAGAAAGGUGCCAGAGGUGAAGGUCAAUGGGCGCAGCUCUGUAAAACUCUUGGAGGCCGCCAUGAAGAUCAGCCAGACGUCGCCGGACAUUCCGGCGGAGGUGCAACAGGCUCUGCGUGACCGCCUGAGCAAGCAGGCCAAAAUCCAGCGGCAGACAACUGAACCUACCUCUUCCUCCAGGCACAAUUCGUUCCGCCGUCACCUCCCGCGGCAGCUGAACGUGUCCAGCGUGGACUUCCCCAUGGACACUAUACCCGUGCGCCAGUCUUCUGCGGUCAGCAUUGGCCGUAUCAAACCUGAGCUGUAUAAGCAGAAGUCUGUGGACUCGGAAGAAGGUGCCAAGGAACCGGUGGAAACGUGCGGAAAGCUGAGUUUUGCCCUCAGCUAUGACUAUGAGGAACAAGCCCUCGUGGUUCGCAUUUUAAAGGCCCUUGACCUGCCCGCUAAGGACUUCACAGGCACCUCCGACCCCUACGUCAAGAUCUACCUGCUUCCCGAGCGCAAGAAGAAGUUUCAGACGAGGGUGCACCGCAAGACGCUCAAUCCCACGUUUGACGAGGCGUUUCGCUUUCCUGUGGAGUACAGCGAGCUGUGCAAUCGCAAGUUGCACUUCAGCGUGUACGACUUUGACCGCUUUACGAGUCACGACAUGAUCGGUGAGGUGGUGGUUGAUAACCUGUUCGAGCUGUCUGAUCUAUCACGGGAAGCUGUGGUUUGGAAGGACAUCCUUGCCGCUACAACAAGCGUGGAUCUGGGUGAAAUUAUGUAUUCCCUUUGCUAUCUUCCCACGGCUGGACGCAUGACCCUCACCGUUAUCAAGUGUCGCAAUUUAAAAGCCAUGGACAUAACUGGAUACUCGGAUCCAUACGUCAAAGUCUCUCUCAUAUGUGAUGGACGGAGACUUAAAAAGCGAAAAACAACCAUCAAAAAGAACACGCUUAACCCUGUCUAUAACGAAGCCAUCAUUUUUGACAUUCCACCUGAGAACGUGGAGCAGGUCAGCCUGUCAAUCACGGUGAUGGAUUAUGACAGAGUUGGACACAAUGAAGUUAUAGGGGUGUGUAGGGCGGGGCCUGAUGCUGAAGGGCUUGGGAGGGACCACUGGAAUGAGAUGCUAGCUUAUCCACGAAAGCCAAUCACUCAUUGGCAUGCCCUGUGUGAGUGGCCAGGGCGAGCGUCCAGUUUUGAGAGUCAAGGAUCAUGUCCAUCUCCAAAACCCCCUCAGACCCCAUAACAACCUGGAGAUCACACAGUCCUAAUUGCAAAACACCUUUGGUUUGUGUAAUUAAAAGGGUAUAUUUUUCUGUAGUUGUAGCUUGUGUAUACCUUUUUAUUUGAAAGAUAAUUAUACAGUACUGGUAUCCCUACUACAUGCACAACCAAGCAUCCGAAUCUCGGUAUCUCUUUCUUUUAACUGGUGCUGACUAAAAUGAUAGUUUGUGGUCAGUUUGAAGCUGACAUUGAACCUACCUUCUGUAUGACAACAUAAUGAUGCCGUGUAAUGUUACAGACACAUGAAAUGACAGUACUUAUCGUUUCAUAUUCUUGAACGGGUCAUUUAUGAAUGUUAUAAAAUGUUGAAAAUAUUUGACAAAACUAAUGCAAGGUUAGAGAAGUGAAAAGAAAAGGCUUUUAAACCUAAAAUUACAAUUUGUCCUGCAUAAAUGUUUCAAAGGAAAGAGACCUUGAAGUUUAAUCAGGUGAUUGUAUAAUCAGAUGGUGAUUGUUGAUGAUGUAAAUAGUGUUAUCAUUAUUUUCAAGCUUCUAGUAUUUAUUUCUGUACAUGAAUAAGAAUAACAAUAGUAGACAAGCAUAUUGCUUUACCUCAACCAACACACAUCACUCAAUGACAACUGCAUUAGAGCGAGUUCCCAUCAACGGUUUGGAAACUGGAUAACAUCAAAUAUCAUUAUUAUUCAUUAAUAUUUUAAAAAUAAAAGUCAAAAUCUGUACCCCGGCUGGCAUUGGUCCUUUGAAAAAAAAACCUAAUAUUUACCCUUUUGUACCAAUAUGUAUACCUUUGAAAUACUAAUAUGCACUCCUUGAUACCAAUAUGUACCUCUGAGGUACUAAUAAGAAUAAAGGGUGCCGCAAAGUUACAGCUAGGGACCAUUUUUUGACAGUGCAAUAUAAAUUUAAGGGGGAUUGUCAAUGCUUUUUUAUUUUAAUUUAUUAUAUAUGUCCCAAAGUAAGCCUGCACCUCUAACAAAAAAUAAUGAUGCUUUAAAUAAUAUGAGAAGGAUGGUUUUCGUUAGAUUUCAUUGACGGUAAAAACAACAAAAAGAAACUAUAAAUCUAUGAGAUAUAAUUUUUAAUAAAAUGUUUCCUUGGAUAUGUAUAAAAAAAUACUAAUUAAAAUAAUGAACUAUUAAAAAGUGAUGGUCAGAUGGGACUUCACAGUAGCCACACGAUGUAGCUUGUUUUGUUGAUGUUUAAACUAAACAAACGUCGUAAAAUUGAUUUAUCCUUAUCAAUAUCCAGGUUAAUAUUUGUAUAGUAGGUUUUUCAAAUAUAUGAAAUUCUUCCCAUGCAUUAAAUCCUCAUAUCUAUCUGUCCCUCAUAUCAUCCAUCUCCUUUUCCCAUUCCACUGUGGUAAAAUUUUUGAUGUACGAUUCAAUUUUAAGUGCUCACAGGUGGUAUUAAAAGUAGCAAACAAUAUUCACAAUGAUUUCUGAAACUCUUUGCAUUGUCUGAAUGAUUAAAGUAAGUAAACAUACAAGAGAUGCCGUUCUUUGAAAUUUGAUUGUAAUUAAAGGGAUAGUUUACCAAAAAAUGAAAAUGUUGUCAUUAUUUACUCACCCUACAAUCUUGUAAAAAUGACUUUGUUCUGCUAAACACAAAUCACGCAGAUCAGGGGCACCAUUGACUUCCAUAGUAGAAAAAAAGAAUACUAUGGAAGUGAAUGGUGCCUUGUAUCAGUUUGGUUAAAUUUUUCAAAAUAUCUUUCUUUUGUGUUCCGCAGGAAAAGUCAUUUAUUGAAGUUUGUAGGGUAAGUGAUGACAAAAUUUUCAUUUUUGGGUGAACUAUCCCUUUAAGGUGCUAUAAAUAUUCAUUCAGGCAUUAGUGACACACAUUAUAUGCUGAUGUACCUAAGAAUAACAGUUAAUUACUGUUGACAUUUGAUUAAUGAUGAAAAGUGAUGAGCUCUUUGCUGAAGAGGUUAAAAAUUGUAUUUAAAUGAAUCAAUAACGUCAAAAGCAAUUAAAGCUAUUGAGGAGUUUUUCUUUGUGUGCUGAAUAUGAAAUAUUCAUGCAUUCAUGGUCAUUUAAAAAGGGUGGAUAAUACAGACAAUGGAUAAACCUUCAUUUAUUCUUCGCUGGACUGAAAGUUACCUGUUAAUUAUUUGCUGUUAGUUUGUUUGUCAUUGUGGAAUAUCAGUAUUCAUUAUGUGGAAUCAUUCAGUGUCUAUUCAGUCAGUAUGCAAAUAACACCUUGAUAAUUGCACACGUAACAUAUUAAAGCUGGACCCUUCUGAUUAAAGAGAGGGGGGUUUAAGUGUUACUGGUGUGCCCAUAAGUAAUAAUGCAAUCAAACAUGGCAAUUAGACAAAAGGCUGUGUACUGUUAACUUUGAUUUGCACAUGUUGAGAGUGCUUCUACCCCAGAGCUCAGUCAGAGAAAUCGAAUUAAAAUAAUACCAAUAAUUGUAGCCUCCCGAUACCAGUACCUAGACUUUAUUGAUUGAGCACUUAUAAAUGUAGACCUCUAAUAUAUUACUAUAGUAUUAUUUUUAUUUCGUUUAACGUUUACAGUGAUAGUGUAUGUAUAUAUUUGAGAAUUUCAAAUUGUUAUCUUGUUAAAGUGUAUUUCUAUGGAUCGUUUGGUGGUGGUUUGUACUAUGGGCUUGUGAUCUUGAAAAACU